UUGCUCGCCGAAACCAUAACCGAUCGACGACGGGACGCUUCCGACGUCGAUAAAUUUGGAUUAUCGUUAUAUUUUGACGUUCAUAAAAGCGCGCGAAUGAUAUUCGGGAAUAGUGAAAUUGCGUAUGUGCAUCGGGUGCAUCGAAGAACUUUGAUUCGAUCGGUACAGCUGAUGAGAUAUAGAGAUUCGAUACGAUCGCGCGGGUAUAUUAUAGUCGUUAACUCGCGAAACGCGGCGUGUCGUGUACGAUCUGAAGGAAUAUUAUAAUUCAUCGCGUGUCCAGCUGCUGGUCUGUGCGUGACUAUAUGUACUGCAUUAUGCGGUGCAUCGCCGAGUGCAUCCUCGGAUUCUCGUCGUUUGCCGGGCUUUUGAGGCGCGCGUCGACCGAGUACGUCUGUUGGCGGCUCAUGCUUUAAGAAAAUCGACCAGGUGAUCUUAGAUCGUAAUUGAAGACAACUUGAGUGAAAAGAACUGUUUUUCGAGAAAAAUUGGACUAUGCAAAAUUGUCGUGAAUGUUUCAUGCAGUGAGUUGAACUAUUGGUGUGGUGAUUUUAUUUUUUUUAAUUACGCGUUAAGAACCUGUAAAUUUUUUUUAUCAAGAGAUAUGGGAUACGAGUCUUAUCAUGAUCAUUGUGACAUCAUCGGCGGUCGCUUCGAUUGAGGAUUUUUCGAAGGAUACAUUAGGAAGGUUGCGUAUUCGGUACGUGAUGCCGGCGGCGCAUCUGACGCUGCGCGAGGAGGACGUGGUGCGACUGACCUUGGAGUUUCUCCACAGCCGUGACCUUCACAUCUCGCAGCUCUCACUCGAGCGCGAGACCGGCGUGAUAAACGGCCAAUACAGCGACGACGUGCUCUUUCUACGCCAGCUGAUUCUCGACGGGCAAUGGGACGACGUGCUCGAGUUCAUCCAGCCGCUGGAGGCGCUCUCGGACUUCGACAUGAGGAAGUUCACGUAUUCGAUCCUGCGCCACAAGUAUGUCGAGCUGCUGUGCAUCAAGUCCGAAGCGAACGUCAUUGCCGCCGGUACCAACGGCAGCGUCGACAACGCCGUCGAGGAGGUCGUCAAGGUGUUGAGCGAUCUUGAGAAGGUCGCGCCUUCCAAAGAAGAGUACAGCAGUCUAUGUCUGCUGCUCACUUUGCCGCGACUGACGGAUCAUUUGCAGUACAAGGACUGGAAUCCCAGCAACGCCAGGGUACAAUGUUUCCGCGAGGUUCAUCCCUUGGUGGAGAAGUUUCUGCCGGGUGACAGGAAGAGCCUCGACUCCGCGCAUCCGGUUACCUCGGCGAAAAAUGAUCGACUCAUUCAGCUUAUUAUCAAGGGCAUCUUGUACGAGUCCUGCGUUAAUUACUGCCAAGCGAAAGCUACCGGGUCGAAAGAGAGUGAACAGGUGGAGAUGAGUUUCUCGAGGCUGCUGGACGGAUCCGUGGGUUUCAGCGAUUCGGACUUAAGUUUACUUUCAUGGCUUCAAAGUAUACCUCCCGAGACAUUCGCUGUACCCUUCGCGCAAAGAACUCUGAAUGUCGACGUGGAGCGUCUGGAAAGACCCUCUCUAGAGACCUCGUGGACGGAACACAUGCUGAUAACGCCGAUAAAACCGAAAACCUUUCCGCACAGCGCCAUGCCGUUCACCAGGCCGAGAUCCGCCGCGGACAUGAUGUCUCGUAGUUUAGUGCCGGCUCUCGAGGCCGGUCUCGGACCCAGGAGUCCUGGAUCCAAGAACACAGCCAUACCAUCCGCGGCACUCAUGGCGCUGUCUAUCGGCGACGUGAACCCGAUGUCCAGGUCGUCCUUUGCUAGCUUUCAUCUGACUGGCUUCAAGAAUAACAAAUUGAUGAAUACUAGCGUCGAUAGGCUCUUCGAGAACGAGGGUGACGUCUUUCUUAGCUCGAAUUACGCCGAAUUUCAACAGCUACCUUCGAUACAAGAGACCACUCCUAAAGCUCCACCGAGGACGAGAGGACACUCAAAGAGUCCCGAUGGUAUGGAAGCAGACCCUUCAGCAACAUCCACGCCAGAACGUAGAGUAGCUGGCAGGGAAUCGCCAGCUCUCUCGACCGCCAGGAGUUCUAGAAGAGACUCUUUGGCGGAAAAGCCUACUGGAGUCGCGGCCAAAAUUGCGGAACCGACCGCGAUCCCGGUUAGAGCGGUGAUGGCUCCUGGCGAUCAUCUCGAACAAAGUUACAACGGUGGCCUGUUUAAAGAGUACCAGAAGCAGAAGCAGAGAUUGCAGGAAACUAUUCAGCAAAAGGAAAGGGAGAGAGACGAAUUAGUUAGGCAAUUAUCGGCGCCGUUACCGAUGCAAGUAGCCGAUAAUAGACUGCAAGGAGAAGGCAUAAAGCAGCCGUUGAGUAGCAAAGGACCAUCGCCGGUUCACACGAGUACACCUGUCCGGUCUGGAAUCCAGUCACCGAAGCCUACAAUCAAUGGAUCAGACCCAGUCGCAAGGCAAAAUUCGAUGUCAGGCGGUUAUGACUCAAGGGUGUCGGAGGGACAUUAUGAUAUCAUCAAAUCAAAGCAGGAGCCGAGACCGGAACUCGACACCAGCAACGGAAGCAGCAACGGCGGCGGCAGGCCGCGAUUCGUUCCCGUCACUGCUUUGGAGGACGUGCAGGCGGUGCGUUGCGCCGAAUUCCACCCUCACGGAAAACUCUACGCCGUAGGAUCCAAUUCGAAGACGCUGCGGAUAUGCGCCUACCCGAAGCUGCACGAUGUCAGGGAGGAUCAUCAGACGUAUCAACCCACUGUUCUCUUCAAGCGAACGAAGCAUCACAAGGGCUCCAUAUAUUGUCUUGCGUGGACACCGGAUGGUCGACUGAUGGCAACCGGAAGCAACGACAAGACCGUGAAAUUGAUGCGAUUCAACGCCGAUACUUCGAACCUUGAAGGACAAGAGGUCGAAUUGACUAUGCACGACGGUACAGUGCGUGAUCUGUGCUUCCUCGAGGACACGUCGAACAAGUCGAGUCUUCUGAUCAGCGGCGGUGCUGGCGAUUGCAAGAUUUACGUUACCGAUUGCACGACCGGUACACCUUUCCAAGCCUUAAGCGGCCACAGUGGCCAUGUGCUAACACUUUACAACUGGGGUGGAGCGAUGUUCGUCAGCGGAUCGCAGGAUAAAACAGUCAGAUUCUGGGACUUGAGAACGAGAGGCUGCGUCAACAUGGUCACACCUGCAACGGUACCUGGCAGUCGGCAUUUGAUUCCGUUGCAGGUCGGCAGCCCCGUAGCCGCGCUAUGCGUGGAUCCGUCUGGUCGGCUUUUGGUGUCCGGUCACGAGGACAGCAGUUGCGUUCUCUUCGACAUUCGCGGCGGCAGAACGGUGCAGUGUUUCAAACCUCACGCGGCGGAUAUUAGGAGCAUACGAUUCUCACCGUCGGCGUAUUACUUAUUAACGGCGGGAUACGACAACAAACUGGUGCUUACAGAUUUGCAAGGUGAUCUUACGAUGCCUCUACCUAGCGUUGUGGUUGCCCAACAUCAGGAUAAAGUCAUCUCAGGACGUUGGCAUCCGACGGAAUUUUCGUUCCUCAGCACUUCCGCUGAUAAAACUGCAACUCUUUGGGCCUUGCCGCCUGUUUAAAGAUCCAGCAUGAUAACGCGCGCAUUGCUAUUUAUUAAUCCGUUUUUUAAAAGAGUAUUUUGAUUCAUCUACGUUGUUUAGACGUGUUGAUUUAUAUCGAAUCGAUCGCGUAAAAAAAUUCAUUUUUUCAAAUUCUACGACGGACAUUAUGACGGUAAAACAAAAUGAACAAUUUCGAGCGAUAUCAAUAUUCUAACGUAUCUAUGUAUCAGCGCUUAAUUUAACUAUGACCACAAUUCAAACUUCUUUAAUAUAUGACAGCGCCAUUAACUCGCAGUGAGGUAUUGCGAAAAUUAAGCAUUUAAACGAUUUAAAUCUAAUGAUUUAAAGACUCAGCUGAAAAAAAAGGAUAAAAAAACGUUAACCAGAUAUGUAUUGUAAAAGUAUAGGAUUGUUUUUAUAGUUAUAAAUUUGAUACCGGAAAUCACAAGACUGCAAAUGAAUAAUUGCUUCGACAUUGCUUUAUAGCUAUACGAAGCAUAUAUUGCGAGUUUGAAAUAUUUUCUUUUUACAUAAUAUCGGGAUAGGUUUUCAGAGAUUUUAACAGAUGUUCUUUCCACGAAUAAUAACGCACGCGUACUUAUCAAAACCGCGCGAUGCGAUAUAUCCUUCCCUCCCUUUUUAAAUAUAAUUUUGUUAUAAUCAGAGAUGCCUGAUAUUUUGUAAAUACACGUUAAAGUAAGUUAAAAAAAUUUCGUAACACGAUAUUCGCACAUCUGUGCAAAGGACGUACUAAUUUCUUAUUGAAUUCUCUCUUACUUUUGCUCAGUAGCACGUUAUCUGCAUCUGCGUUUUAUAACGUUUAGAGAGAUUUGAUAGAUUGUCCUAUUUGUUAUUUUAUUCUUGUUUUACUAAAAAAAGCGUUGCUUUUUUACGUAAUUUGCGUGCGCAUACGUUCAACUCAUAGAUGCUCCUACUUCCAUCUCCAUGUUAUCGACUCACAAGCCAAAUAUACACACGCGUUCUAGUAUACAUAGAUAUAUUAUACUUAUAUUAUAUCCGCAUUUUCGCGAAGAAAUUAUAUACGUAUGCUCAUAUUAAUCGCUAUUUUUACGGAUUAAGAUAAUUAAUAUAAAACGAGAGAGAAUUUAUUCGGAGCAUCGAACAAUUUGUCGCGAUACAUGAGUACGUUUACACAAAUCGAAGGAAGAUAGUAUUCUUUAGUAAUAUAAAGUCAUAAGGACUAACAAUUAGAGUUUUAAGUUGCUUGUCGCAAUCGUCAAAGUUUGUAGUAGCAGCGAAACUAAAACAGAUAGAAGGAGAAAUGUUACGUUUCGAACUGUUGAUAGCAAUUUUUUUCUUACAAUUAUAGCAAUUUGAUGGGACGAAGUUUUUCUGUAAAUAUAUAUAGUUGGCAAUUGAA